CUCGACCUAGAAGUUAAACCAACUUAGCUUGGCAUCGAUCAAAUUCAAUCGUCCAUUGAAUUUGAUACGAUCGGUCGCGUCUUCUCCUUUUCCGAUCCUCACCGCUAACGUCCGAAAGGAUUAUCCACGCACUUACGCACCGCAAAGGAUUACCUACGCACCCGGGAUUAUUGCAACUGCAGUUUGUGGCAGUCCAAAAGUGUACAACAUGAGAAGUGCACUGUUCGUCUUGGCGCUUUGCGCUUUGGCGGUGGCCUCCGCGUCGGCCGAAAGCCAUGAGCGCAAGACUCGUGCCGCCGAGGGAUACUUCUACCCCCCACCCGAGGUGCCGUUCGAUCUGCCCGUGCGCACCACCCAGCCCCCCACGAGGCCGCCAACGCGCCCACCCACCAGGCCUCCCACUAAGCCACCCACUCUGCCGCCCUACAAGCCACCGGCAACUUACCUGCCGCCCACCAACAAGCCACUGCCGCCAGUGACCGUGCGCACCACCGUCAGGACCACUCCUCGGCCAACUCUGCCACCCACUAGGCCACCAACCCGGCCACCGACCACCUACCUGCCACCCCCAACUGUGCGCACCACUCGCCCUACGCCACCACCCACUCGUCCACCAACUUACCCACCCACCACUCGUCGCUUGACGACCCCCGCUCCCACCUACUUGCCGCCUACCAACAAGCCACUGCCACCAGUGACCGUGCGCACCACCAUCAGGACUACUCCUCGUCCAACUCUGCCACCUACUAAGCCACCAACUCGUCCACCAACCACCUACCUGCCACCCGUGGUCCGCACCACCCGUGCUACGCCACCACCAACUCGUCCACCGACUCGUCCUCCACCAACCUAUCUGCCGCCCACCAACAAGCCGCUGCCACCAGUGACCACCCGUCGCCCGACGCCACCACCAACUAGGCCACCACCACCACCGACCCGUGCGUCGACUCCGGCUCCGACUUACUUGCCGCCCACCAACAAGCCACUGCCACCAGUGACCGUGCGCACCACCCGCCCACCACCACCACCCACUCGUCCACCAACCAAGCCCCCAACCAGGCCCCCAACUAGGCCACCAACCACCUACCUGCCACCCCCAACUGUGCGCACCACUCGCCCUCCUCCAUCACCCACCCGUCCACCAACCUACCCACCCACCACUCGUCGUCUGACGACCCCCGCCCCCACUUACCUGCCACCCACCAACAAGCCACUGCCCCCAGUGACCGUUCGCACCACCAUCCGCACCACUCCUCGCCCCACUCUGCCUCCUACGAGGCCCCCAACUAGGCCACCAACCACCUACCUGCCUCCCCCAACUGUGCGCACCACUCGUGCCACCCCACCACCCACUCGUCCCCCAACUUACCCACCAACCACUCGUCGUCUGACGACCCCCGCUCCCACUUACUUGCCACCCACCAACAAGCCACUGCCCCCAGUGACCGUGCGCACCACCAUCAGGACUACCCCUCGUCCAACUCUGCCCCCCACUAGGCCCCCAACCAGGCCACCGACCACCUACUUGCCUCCCCCAACUGUUCGCACCACCCGUGCCACCCCACCACCAACUCGUCCACCAACUCGUCCCCCAACUCGUCCCCCAACUCGCCCACCAACCCCGCCACCAACCUACCUGCCGCCCACCAACAAGCCACUGCCCCCAGUGACCGUGCGCACCACCCGUCCUCCUCCACCACCCACUCGCCCACCUACCCGUGCAUCCACUCCUGCUCCCACUUACCUGCCACCCACCAACAAGCCACUGCCCCCAGUGACGGUGCGCACCACCCGCCCACCUCCUCCACCCACUCGUCCCCCAACUAGGCCCCCAACCAGGCCACCAACCACCUACUUGCCUCCCCCAACUGUUCGCACCACCCGUGCCACCCCACCACCAACUCGUCCCCCAACUUACCCCCCGACUACUCGUCGUUUGACCACCCCCGCACCUACUUACUUGCCACCCACCAACAAGCCACUGCCCCCAGUGACCGUACGCACCACCAUCCGCACCACUCCCCGCCCUACUCUGCCUCCCACGAGGCCCCCAACUAGGCCACCAACCAGGCCACCAACCACCUACCUGCCACCCCCAACUGUGCGCACCACCCGUCCUCCUCCACCACCCACCCGUCCCCCAACCUACCCACCCACCACCCGUCGCCUGACGACCCCCGCUCCCACUUAUCUGCCACCCACCAACAAGCCACUGCCCCCAGUGACCGUGCGCACCACCCGUGCUCCUCCACCACCAACUCGUCCCCCAACCCGUCCCCCCACUCGUCCACCAACCCCACCACCAACCUAUCUGCCACCCGUAACGGUGCGCACCACCCGCCCUCCUCCACCACCCACUCGCCCACCAACCCGUCCCCCCACUCGCCCACCAACCCCACCACCCACCUACCUGCCACCCGUCACCGUCCGCACCACCCGUCCUCCUCCACCACCCACCCGCAAGACCACCGUCUACGUGCCACCGCCGACCGUGCGCACUACCGUGUACGUGCCACCCCCGACUCAGCGCACCACAGUCUACGUCCCACCCGCACCCACCAAGCACCAGGGCUACCAGUACCCCGUGCCCAGCAUCCCCUUCAACUUCUAGAUCCAGGGGUCUGGAGAUGAUUAGGGAUAGGGCCUUCGUCUAGGGCUAGAUUGAUCUAGUCAAUACUCGUACAGUCUAACGUUACACGAAUACGCCGCCAGCGGUGCUAGAGGGCGCCACUGGGGCGCCUGCAAGGACGACACUUGUUUGUUUUUAUUUUAUUUUUGUAAUUAAUGAAUCGCAUACUCAUACAGCUAGGGAUCAUUGUAAAUGAGUGCCCCAAUUGUACAGCUAACAGUCUAUCCAACUCUUGCUAUAUUCUACCACUAUGCCGCGAUCGAUGGGCGGCCGUCGUCUGUGACGGACGCCAGCUCAAGACUAUAUAGCUCUAUAUUACGAUUAAAUAAACCUUUUAUUCGGAUUGCUGAAACCUGAACAAUAAAAUAAGUUUUUCGAAUAUUUA